GCGCUCCGCCACUGAAGAAGAAGAAGAAGGAAGGAGAAGCGGAACUAGUUAGCAGGAAGGCUAAUCGCCUCUAGCCGUUUUUAUUUUCAGAUUUUAAAACUUCAUUUUAAUUAUGGCUCCUUUAGACCUCGAUAGAUACGUAGAAAUAGCGAAACACUGCAAAUAUUUACCAGAGAACGACUUAAAGAGAUUAUGUGACUAUGUUUGUGAUCUGCUGCUGGAGGAGUCCAACGUUCAGCCUGUAGCCACUCCGGUCACCGUCUGUGGAGAUAUUCAUGGUCAGUUUUAUGACCUGUGUGAGCUGUUCAGGACCGGAGGUCAGGUUCCAGACACAAACUACGUCUUCAUGGGAGACUUUGUGGACCGGGGGUAUUACAGUCUGGAGACGUUCACCUACCUGCUGGCUCUGAAGGCCAAGUGGCCCGAUCGCAUCACGCUGCUGAGAGGAAACCAUGAGAGCAGACAGAUCACGCAGGUCUACGGGUUCUAUGAUGAAUGUCAGACCAAGUAUGGGAACGCCAACGCCUGGCGGUACUGCACCAAGGUGUUUGACAUGCUGACGGUGGCCGCUUUGAUAGAUGAGCAGAUCCUCUGCGUCCACGGCGGACUUUCGCCCGACAUCAAGACUCUGGACCAGAUCCGGACCAUCGAGCGGAACCAGGAGAUUCCCCACAAGGGGGCGUUCUGCGACCUGGUGUGGUCCGACCCGGAGGAUGUGGACACCUGGGCCAUCAGCCCCCGCGGCGCCGGCUGGCUGUUCGGCUCCAAGGUCACCAACGAGUUCGUUCACAUCAACAACCUGAAGCUGAUCUGCCGCGCUCACCAGCUGGUGCACGAGGGCUACAAGUUCAUGUUCGACGAGAAGCUGGUGACGGUGUGGUCGGCGCCCAACUACUGCUACCGCUGCGGGAACAUCGCCUCCAUCAUGGUCUUCAAGGACGUCAGCCGGCGGGAGCCCAAGCUGUUCCGCGCCGUGCCGGACUCUGAGCGCGUCAUUCCUCCCCGGACAACCACGCCCUACUUCCUGUAGGGGGCGGAGCCUGGACACGCUCUGCUUCAGAGGGGCGCUGACCCCUCGGCUCCCGGGUUGAGGCAGGCGGAGACGCCGGAGGGUGACCCUCAGUGGUCUCAUGAAGUAGCGCCGUGUUUCCACCUCAGACCCGACGUGACGGAACCAGCCUCUGAGCCCAUCCUGCUACAUUCUGCCUUAAACAUUUUAACUUUAAUUUAUUCAUCUUGAGUAUCAUGCACACUGUUUUCAUUCUCCUCUGUCUGAACUGGGAUGAACUGGUUCCUCCUGGUGAGUCCUGAUUCAUCAGCAGAGAUGCACCGAUGGAAACUUCCUGUUUCUGUCUGUAGACUGUCAGAUAAAUCCUGGCCUCUGCUGCGUUUACAGACCAUAAUAAGUUGUGUUUCAGUGCCUGAUCUCCAGAUCCAGUGAAAUCCUCUCAUCUGUGGACCAGUCGGUUCGUCCUGAUCAUCUGUGGCAUUAUGUCAGUUUUUCUGCUCUCCAAGCUGCUGGAGCUGAAACCCAUUCCAGCUGUUUACCGUCUUGUAAUAUGAAUAAAAAUGAAUUCACAGUUCUGA